AUGCCAACAGCAGCUGUGACGCCGGAGACGCACAACCUCACCGGCUGCGUCAGCGGAGAGAACCAGACGGAGCCGCGCGUCACGGGGCGGCUGGACGCGGCCGGCUGCCUCUUCCUCUCCAUCAUGCCCUACGGUCAGGCGGUGCCAGCGCUCAUCUGCGUUUUUGUUUUGCUCACUCUUUUCUCGUGCCUGGUCAAUGUUCUCACCUUGUUGGCUCUCGCUCGGUCCGAGGAGCUCUCCUGGCAGCCGCGCUUCACCUUCCUGAAGAGCCUGAUUCUGAGCGACCUCAUCCAGACCGCCACCUUCGGCCCGCCGGUCAUCCACUCUCUGGUCCAGCGACGCACGAUGGCGUUCAGCACCUGGUGCUACGUUCAGUACUUUGUGGGGAGCGCCAGCAUCUUCACCAGCCUCCUCACCAUCACCUGCAUGGCGCUGGAGCGGUACAUGUACGUGUGCCACGCCAUCCACUACUUGGUCAUUCUGACUCAGAUUCGCCUGCGGAGAGUCCUGACCCUCAUCUGGGUUUACUCCAUCACCAUCGGCGUCGUCAACUUGGCGCUGCUGCACACGGCCGAACCGCAGGACAGCGGGCCGGUCACCAUGGGGCUGCUGUGCGAGCCGGACAUAAUGGAGCAGCACAUGGGCUUCCCCCGAGCCUCUGCCAUCUUUCGCAAAGUGGUGGGCUCGCUGACGCUGCUGCUGUGCCUGCUGAUUUACCUCUUCUCCUACUACAGGAUGUACCAGGACGCGCGUAACGCAGUGAUUCCCUUCAACACGGUCAACAACACGGCGCGUAAAACGGUGCUGUUCUACUGCGGCAUGUUGCUGCUGCAGCUGCUGCCGCUGCUGCUCAAAGUCAUCUCGGACGCGCUGUGGGAGGUCCGCGGCUCCUCGGCGAUGAUGGAGCGCUCCUCUCAGGCCGGAGACAUGUGCAUGGUGGAGCCCGCGCCCACGGCCACGGCGGCGCUGCUCCACAUGUCCCUGCUCAUGAUGCUCAUCGUGCCGCCGUGCAUCAACCCGCUGGUGUACGGUCUGAGGAACGUGGAGAUGCGCAAGGCGCUGCUCAGCCUGUUCCAGUGGUUGACGGAGAUCGUGGGAUCGUGGGUUCCAGACGGAGAUGGAGACGUUGUGCGUCAAAACCGAGCUCAGGCGGGAUAG